CCAUCGUCCUCAACUGGCCCCCAAAAUCUUGGAGUGUUCUACACCGCGACAGACGCAUAUGGUCUUCCAGUCUACCCUUCUACGGUUCGUGCUGAGAUUGCAUUGUCGGAGAGACCCAUGCCCAUGCGGUUUUGAUGUUCAGACGAACUCUGCACUCUUUGGAACUCCCACCUUCAACCCACAGGCAAAGCUCCAGUGGCCAAAAGAUCCCUUCACGCCCACAAGCCCUGCACCCACUACCGUCCGCAGCGACCGUCCCCGGUUGAUAGCACCUGCCUACAAAUGGGUCGCGUUACCCAGUCUGAUCCCUCAGGAUCCCUACCUGAAAAGCUGGAAUGAUACCAUUUUCCACAAUGCUUCUGUUGCGUUGGCUGCAGAUCCACUUGUUUAUGCCAUUGAUGGCGGACUGGGUGGGAGUGGUGUGCUCGAUGUCGCUCGUCAGAUGAAAAUGAGAGUCAAGUCCCUCGCAUAUGCAUAUCGCAUGUCAAACAACACACAGUAUGCCGACCGUAUUUUUCGGGAGCUUCAAAACGGAGCUGGCAAUACAACCAAUUCCUUUGGUACUGCUCCAGAUAAUUGGAAUACGGAGCACUUCCUCGAUCUCGCCGAGUUUACCGCCGCAUAUGCAAUCGCAUACGAUUGGUUAUACGAGUACUGGCAGCCCACGCAACGCCAGGCGAUUAUGUGGUCCAUCCUCAAUCUGGGACUCAAAUGGGGUAUUCAGGGUUACACAAAUUCUUCUGUUUGGUUCGCGUGGUGGCGCCUACCUGGAAAUAACGACGGGAACUGGAACUGUGUCUGCAAUUCUGGUUUGACAAUGGGUGCGCUCGCCAUCUUGGGGGAUGAUCCAACCGGGAUGGCAGCGCAGAUGCUCGGCCUUACAAUACCCAAUGCUGUCCAAGGGUGUGCGCUCGCUCCCUCCACUGACGGAACCUGGUCAGAAACGGCGAAUUAUUGGUACUUCGGUACGCAGGCGCACGCGGAGAUGUCGUCCUCCCUCCUGACGGCAACUGGGUCACACUAUGGACUCCUUACCGCUAACCCGGCAGCCAAUAAUAGUGGUCUGUACCACCUCUAUGUUACUGGGAUGACGUCCCUCUUCAACUAUGGCGAUUGUGGCCCAAAUAAGUACAGCACAACUGCAAAUGCGAUGAUGUUCUAUGGAGGUUUCUUUAAUAUCCCAGCCUACACGCUUAUGCAGCGUGAUCGAAUUGACGCUCCCGAACCUGGUGCCAUGUUCUGGUAUGAUCCCAGUAUCAAUGGGGCGUUUUGGGAUAACCUGCCCUUGGAUCACUACUUCGACAACGGACAGGACCAGUGGGCGUCGAUGCGUACCAGUUGGACGGAUGAUAAGGGACUAUAUGUCGCUAUCAAAGCAGGGAAUCUUACUGGCCACCAAGCACAUGGAGAUCUUGAUGCGGGCGAUUUCGUACUUGACGUCAUGGGCGAUCGGGUAGCAGGCGAACUUGGGUCUGCAAACUAUCUCGCCCAAAACUACUUCUCAAAUGAGACGCAGAUUAGUGACCGGUGGUUGUACUACAGGAAACGCACCGAAGGUCAAAAUACCAUCGUUGUGAAUUAUCAGAACCAAAAUGUUUUAGGCCAGCCCACUACCCAUUUCGGAUCUUCGGGGACUGUCCAGCCUGGAGGCACCACUGUUUUUACACCCCCGAAAGAUUCGACGGCUUUCUUCACUGCGGAUCUCACACAAUCUUACUUCGGGGUUUCUGUCAAACGCGGCCUUCGUCUUCUGAAUGGACGCAAGCAGGUCUUGCUCCAGGAUGAUAUAACAAAUGCCAACGUCACAUCCCAGUGGCGUAUGCACACUAACACAACAGUGACAACCAGUGGAACAACCGCCACGCUCGUCAUGCCAGGCACAGGAACCAAGGUGAUCGCAACGAUACUGAAUGCACCAUCAGGCAUACAGUUCUCGACAGCUCAACCGGUUCGGUACCCGACUGAUCCUCCAUUACCUGCUGGUGAUGCCAAUCAGGAUCCAUCUAAUGAUGGUGUGACUGUGCUUAUCAUUGACAUACCGAAGGGUACGAACAGUAUUCAGGUCCUGUUCAACCCUCAGUGGCCAGGUAUGAGCGGCAGCGACUUCGUCACUCCACCUAGCGUCCCCAUCGACCAGUGGACUCUAACGAGCCACAAUUAAGUUUUUUUUUCGUAAUCCCGCAGAUCUUACCCUUCAUAACCUACACCAUUCUCUUAUUUCUUCCCCUUUGUUUCAUGUCCUUUCUGACUCGAGCUGGACGAUCAAUUGCCUUAUUGCCUUUUCUAAAUAACUUAUACCUUCGCCCACUGACCGCGCAUUUAUGCAAGCCUUCUUUUCGUUCCUUUACAUAGAUUGUGAACUAUCUGAUCUUGCAGUUGUAUUCAGCCUUCAAAGAAGAAUCGGCCCUUAUCACAAGAAGCUCAGAACCCAGUUAAACCUCUUGUCUUUGCAUGGGUCCGGCUGUACGUGUAAUCGUAAAAGUGCAUUCAAUUCCUAAAAACUCGGAUCCAAGUAGCGAGCUGGUUUUCGGAGUAGAUGAUCGGACAUAAACUCUUUAACCC